AUGCCAGCAUCACCAUACAUCUGCUUCUGCAAGGAAAAGCGCCCACAAGUUAAGGCCGACAACCCCGGAAUCGCUUUUGGCGAUAUCGCAAAGAAGUUAGGCGAGAUGUGGAAGAAUCUCUCCGAAGAAGAGAAGAAGCCAUACGUUGAAAUGGCUGAGAAGGAGAAGGAACUUCACAAGGAUGAUCCAAAGGAGAAGAAGACAAAGUCCAAGAAGGGCAAAUCCUCAAAGAAGAAAGAGGAAUCCGAUAAGGAAGAGUCUGAGAAGGAAUCCGGAUCUGAUGAGUAA